AUGUGGAUUAAUGAGAAGUGUACAUCAGAUUUGUUACCAUUCCAACAAGAGGUCGUAGAUGAGGCAAUGAAACAGAUAACACUUAAGGAGGAGUUGUGCUCAAAGGAUAUCACAGACACCAAUCAAUUUACAGCAUUCAUCUAUGAGAUGGAGAUCGAGCGACUCAAGUACCUGAUACGAUCGUACCUCAGAUGUAGGCUUCAAAAGGUGGAGAGAUAUCACGCCUACAUCACAAAGAAACAGUAUAUGAAGGGAAGGCUAUCCACUGAUGAGAUGCACUAUUGCAACAAGUACGCUCUACUCGUCGAAAAUCAUUUCAAUCAAUCAUUCCUACAUGCUCUGGACCAAGGUCUUGAUCGAAUGGAGCCUGAUAGCGUUCAAGCACCGAGCAUGAACCAAUAUGUAUUCUGUACACCAACGAUGGAUAUUGAUGAUGUCCAGAUCGGUGAUGAUGAUCAACCGGUGACAUUGAUGCAGGAUGGAAUCUACUUGUUAAAGUACAGUUCCAUCCAUUCUUUGGUGGAGACGAGGAAGGUAAACCUGAUCUAA